AUGGCGCGUGCAGUCCAGCGUGCGGUGCGCGGCAAGCGCGCGGCAAAGGCACAGCGCAUGCCGGCAAAGCGUGCGCGCGUGGCGGAGGAGGAUAGCGAGGGUGUGGUGGAUGCACGGGAUAUGGUGAGUGACUCGGAUAGCGAGAUGCAAGCGAUGCAGUUCUUGUCGCAUGCAACAUUGCCCGACGUGGCUACGCCUGGCGCACAGGCAAAGGAGCGCAAGCGUCUUGCACAUGAGAAGAAGCAGCAGCGCGAGCAGCUGAAUGCACUCCAUGCACAGCGGUACGCCGGUGCGUAUUCGAGCGAUGUAAGCACAGAUAUGGAAGGCCUGAGCGAGGGGAGCGACAAAGACCUGGACGAGGACUCCCCCGGCGCGAGCGACCUUGAGGAUGCAUACCUGCGCCACGCCGCGAAGCGCAUCAAACGAGAGGAGCGCGUACGUGCCUCUGAAAGAGAGCGCAAUGCGCGCCGUCGUCUACCUGUGCGCGACGAGGACGGUGCGCUGGUUGACCCAUCCGACUCAGCCUUAGAAUCCGAGCUCGAUGUCCCUGAAAGCCGCGUCGUCUUUUCAGAAGAGCAGGAUUCCGAGCCGGAAGAAGCGCCUGUGGAAGAAUACGUCCCGGGCGCUACCAUCACGUAUGCAUCGCGAUUCGGGCACAAAGCUCCCUUUGAUCUUGCGUGCGGCGCAUUAGCAAACGACGCCCAAACGCGCGCAGCAGCGCUCAGCGCAGCGCGCGACCAAAUUGCAAGUCUCGCUUCGCAGAUUGUCAGCGACCCCGAAAAUGGAAUCAACCUGCUGCGCCGCUUGAUGGUCUUUGUACAGAAAUACGUUCCGUCGCCACCUGGCGCCGGCGCCGAGAAAAAGCGGCGCGCACGCAUCCAUCCAUUCAUCCGCCAGCUAGCGCUCCUAUCCCUGCUUGCCGUCUACAUUGACAUCAUCCCUGGCUACCGCAUCCGUGCGCUCAGCGAGCUCGAAGAAAAAGAAAAGGUCGGCCAGGAUGUGGCGCGGCGGCGCGACUUUGAGCAGACGCUGGUCAAGCUCUACCGCGUGUACCUGGAAACCUGCGAAAAAGAAAUCAAAGACGCUUCUCCGCUUUCCCCCGUCGCGCUCAAGAGUUUCUGUACGCUGCUCACCCGCGCGUCGCAUUUCAACUUUCGUAAAAACAUCCUUGCCGUCGUCGUCGCGCACCUCUCCAAACGCACGUGGACCGCAGUGUCGGAGCAGUGUUAUGCGGCGCUCGCAACGCUUCUUGCACACGAUACCGACGGCCACGUUUCGCUCGAGACAGUCAUGCUGCUGUACCGCAUGAUUCGCGAGCGCAAGUUUGCCGUACAUGCCAAUGUGCUCGAUAUCCUCGCGCAUCUGCGCCUCCGCGACGAGCUCGGCAAAGCGCACCGCUCGGGCCCGAUGGGCAGUGCAAGCGUCGCCAAAAAACGCGCGCCGAGCCGCAAGACGGACCCGAAAGCGGUGCGCAAAGGCACUGCCGUGCAUGUGAACAAGAAGCAAGUGAAACGCAACAAGGAGAUCCGCGAGAUUGAGGCGGAAAUGCACGAGGCGGAGGCGUCGGUGGACGUCGAAGAGCGUGCGCGCAACCAGUCCGAAACGCUCAAGCUCGUAUUCGCGCUCUACUUUCGCCUGCUCAAAACGCCUGCUAUUUCGCAGCAGCUGCUCGCCGCGGCCAUCGAAGGGAUUGUCUUGUUUGCACACCACGUCAGCAUCGACUUCUUCCACGACUUGAUCCAAGUGCUGCGUGCAUUACUCGCCGAGGCGCUGGUCUUGGUCGACGCGGCGCCUGUGUCAGAUACCGACGAUUUGCGCGCUGCGCCGCUGCAUGUUGGGAUGCGCGCUGUGCUCUACAUCAUCCUUGGCGCCUUUGAGCUCCUGGCGGGACAGGGCGAGGCGCUUCAGAUCGAUAUCGCCGACUUCUCCAUCGCCCUCUAUCGCCUCUUGCUCCCGCUGAGUAUGAGUACGUGCUUUGAAGAGGAAGCCGCGCUUGCGCCUGGCCCAGCAGCGCCCAAGCAGCGAUCGCGCGUCGCUGGACUGCGCCGCUGGAGCGAGGCACAGCUCCUCUUUCACGCCAUGGAUAUUGGUUUGAUCAAGGCGCCGCGGCAGAGUGUGUACACGUCUGUCGACCGGAACGCAGCGAUCCUCAAGCGGCUCUUCACAGCUGCACUGCAGUGGCCUACAGGAAGUGCACUGCGCGCCUUGCAGCUCGCGCACACCAUCCUCACACGCACGGCCAUCGUCGACGCGCGCUUCGAGACUCUCCUCGAUAACCGCGAGUCGGUACGCAAUGGACAGUACGACCCGCUCGCCACAAUUCCGGAGAGCGCGCGAGUCUUGUCCAGCGGCGAACCGGCGUGGGAACUGCUCGCACUGCGUCGUGUGCACGCCAAUGCGCAAGUGCGCGAAACAGCCGGCGGGCUGCUCAACUGGGUACGCUAG